GACGCGUGUCUUUUUGAGUUUCGUGAUGAUCCUGUUUCCUUCAACUCACUUAUAGUAUUCAAGUCCAAAACAUUGUCCAAGGGAACUGUUUGCAUGUAGACUACCUUUAGGCGCCGGGAAUAUCGAGGGGUCUAGGACUGGGAUGCUUGAAUGCGAAACUGGUCGCCGGUCUGCCUUGCGCCCUGCUCUUACCUAGCGGUAUGCGGCUGAGAAGCCACUUCUUCGGGGCAAGCUCUGCGUUUCGAGCCUCAUUUCGAAUUUCGUGAUAAGCUCGGGGCUUUUUUGACUCUUGCAGCUCUUAUGUCUUCUCCAUUUGCAUUGAGCUCACUUGUCAAACUCAGAGACUUCGCCUUUUUACCGAACCAGGUCCCAACUCCUGGCCAAGAUGGCCAUCCUCGAUCAUGACAGCUUCAUGGACGAGCUUUCACACCUCCUCAGCUCACACCCGUCCGAACUGGAUCUGCCCCUUGCCAGGUCAGCGCUGAUGUUGCUGUCCGUUGCCCAGCGACCGCUCCGCGCACACGAAAUCUGGAUCGCGCUCCAAAUCGACGCCUCGAAAGAUACGGGGCACAUUGAGAGGUUGUUGAGCGACAGUGCCUAUAUGGACGACCAAGAGGCUGCGGCAUCACUCCGGAAGCUCCUGGGCAGCUUGAUCUCGACCAAGCACGACUCCACCGAUCCUGCCCGCUCGAAGGUCUAUGUCACUUUGUGUGAUCCAGAACUGCGCACCUUUCUCAACCACAUGGGCGGGUUGGGCCUUCCGGAUUCGAUGUUGAGUUUCGGCUUCUCGACUUCACAGGCGCAUAGAUUUGCUGCCAGUGUCUGCAUGGUCAUCUGCUCGUUGACCACCCUGCAUCUGGCCCAUGUCCAUGACGAGACAAUCGCGUCGUCUUUGGUUCUCUAUGCCUGGGCCCACUGGAACGCACAUCUCGAACUGUCCGGAGACACAUUAGAGAACGAGAAUGCUGCUGGUCUAGCCGAUCAAAUGAUGCACGGCGUGUGCACCGACGUCUUGGUGUUACUCCUUGCUCUAAACGACUUCCUUACCGGACCCAUCGCUAUAUUGAUUUCCCAUGACCGGACUCAAGGCACCGCGUUGGUGAAGAAGACCCAGACAGCACUCGCAAGGCAGUUACAGCUCUUGGGCGUUCUUGUUCAGCAUGGCGAGUUUUGCAAGAGCUUACAGACUGCCCGGCAGGUCUUCGAAGCGUCACGCAAGACCGGCGUUGCGCCCGGUUCACAGACUUCCAUGUCCACCUCGAUCACGAAGGUAAGGUCCGGGAUGGAAACGCUCAAAGUUGACAGGGUUCUCAACCGUACAGAGACUCUAUUUGACGAGGGCACCAGGACCAUGGUUUCGUCUUUCGCAGAUAUGGCUCGUGGCUUGAGGUCUCUGGCAGUUCUCCUCGCAAGACCUCCUCUCUACGAGGAACUCCUGCGAGAAUAUAGCAUUGGCUGCACGUGGUCGCCGCUCGACAUUCUGGUCAACGCCGCCAAUUGGAUGGAGAUCGUGGCCAGUUACCCAUUCUGGGGUGAGGUUCCCACGGCCGGCUCUUCCAACCCCUUGAUCGUCACCGACACGAACGAUCCAAACUACGAGGCUGCCCUUCUCGUCCUCAGCCGACUCCGCAAGGACGGCGCUCCGCCUCCCAGAAAAGAGAGCGACUUGGUCAGCUCUCAGCUUGUCGCCAGUGGCUCAAGGAAAGCAACAAACCUCGAACUCGAAAUUUCCUCUCUCCACUGGAACGCCGCGCGGCUAGUGUACAAGCUCAAAUCGCUCCCCUCGCGGGGGAUUCUUGGGGCGACCUUUACCAUCAACGACCCGCGGAGGCUCCACGCGCGGCGCACGUCCUCCUUCGCCUCGUUCCCCAUCGAGAUGACGGGCAACUCUUCCGCGACGCCCGCAUCCCUGAUUGAGCCGCUCGACAAGUGGUUUGGCCCAUCAAGUUUUCUAAUCCCCCAGUCCCAGCGGCGCUUCCACCGGCGGCGCAUAACGCCCCUGCUCGACGUGCUGUCCCGCUCCUCCUUCGCCGUCGCCCUCGACGCCUUCUCCGCAGGCGCCUUCUCCGGUACACAGGCCGACAACUGGCUUAACAUCAAAGCCGCGCUGCUGGCGGACGGGUACCGGGCGGCCCUGGCGCUGCUCCUGACGGCGGGAAUCCUGCAUCAGAUCCGCCGCAUGCUGUUCCCCUGGAUGGGCCAGUGGAUGUGGUACCGGCCGCUGGACGACCUGCGUCUGGCGUUGUCCAACCCGGACGUGUUUCUCGAGCAGAGCCUGGCUUACACCUGGGGCUGGGCAUUGAUCAGCUACGCGCAGAAAUGGCUGUUUGACGUCGCCGGCGCAAUCCUCGCCGCCGUCGUCGCCCUUGCCGGCGAGGCCGCCCUGAGCAACCCUCCGCAGCGCAUCCCUGGCUUUAUGCUAGAGGCGUCUAGAAGCCAGUACCAUUCCAACGGCGGCACAGGUAGCUUGCCCGAGAGUGUGGUGCUGUGGAUGGAGCGCGUCACCGCGGCGGGCAAGGUCGGGUACCUGGUCUGGGUGCUCUCCACGGCCGAGUAUAUCUUUGGGAGAGGCGUCAAUACCGUGUCGUGGGUCAUUGCGUAUUACAAGUUGCUGGCCGGAGGCGAUGCCGAGCAUAUCGCGCUGGGCAAUGCGCUCAAGGAGAAUUGGACCAAGGUGCCGCUCACGCUGUGGCAGUUUCUGUAUUACUUGAAGGGUGCACUUUGGCCGCUGAUCUGGGGGAGUGUGGUUUGCGCUAUCGUGGGGCAGCCGGGGUUGUUGAUACUUGUGUUGGCCGUGGUGGGAGUCGUGACGGCGUUAACCAAGUACCGCAGCACGUUCUACAUUGCGUUAGAAGUCAGCGGGAUGUUUGUUUUCGGCGGAUUACUUCUUCUUACCGUCGCUCUGAUGGCGCUGGACUUUUAUGACGACCCCAUGGGGCUUGACGUGACCACUGGGGUUGCACGUAAGAUGGGAAACCAAGCGCGGCGUGUCCUACCGCAGGGAGCAGGCUCGAGAAUCCAGAUUCUGAGGAGAAAGGCAGCAUUGCCUGUGACAAGGGCACCACCAUCAAGCAGCGCAAUCGCCAGGAACGACAAGCCUGUUGCUGGAGGUGUCAGGGAGAGACAAGACUGAGUUCUGAACGAAUGUUAGAGAACUUCUUCCACUGUUUCCCUGUCCUUUGUGGAACACAAAUCCAAACAUAUUUUCAGUUGAGCUCUUCAUCGCGUAGCAGAGACAGCUGGAAGACUUUCAGCAGGGAGGCAUCACCGGGUCAGUUGUGUCAUACUCGCUCCUCAGCUGACUGGUACCCGAGAUCAGAAGUACCCUGAUCCCCGCCGACCUCAUCUUCCGGGUCCGUCAAGACAACUUUUUUUGGCUGCCUUACGAACAUCAACGCAGUGAGAGCGACGGACACGAGC